UUUCCCUCCUGAUUCGCAGUUUGUUUAUUUUGCAAAAUGGAUUUGUCUACCGAAACGAAGCAUUUGACUUCCCCGGAAAAGGUGAAGCCGAUCCAAAUGGAGCAGCAGAAUGGGAGCUCGGUGCAGUCGCCGGCUAUCAAUAAGGACGAGCAGCAGUAUUUGGAUCUGCUGGACCACAUCAUAGCGAACGGAGAACGUAGGAUAGACCGUACACAGGUGGGAACACUGUCCGUGUUCGGUGCCCAAAUGCGCUUCAAUAUGCGCGGCGAGUCCUUUCCCCUGCUGACCACCAAGCGUGUCUUCUUCCGCGCCGUGGCCGAGGAGCUACUUUGGUUUGUCGCUGGUAAGACGGACGCCAAGCUUCUCCAAGCCAAAAACGUGCACAUAUGGGAUGGGAACAGCACCAGGGAGUACCUGGACAAGCUGGGCCACACGGAGCGGGCAGUCGGAGAUUUGGGCCCGGUAUACGGCUUCCAGUGGCGGCACUUUGGGGCAGAGUAUCGCACCUGCGACGACGACUACAGCGGCCAGGGCAUCGACCAGCUGCGUCAGGUGAUCGAGACGAUAAAGAACAAUCCGUCGGACAGGCGCAUCAUCAUGUCCGCAUGGAAUCCCCUGGAUAUACCAAAGAUGGCGCUGCCGCCAUGUCACUGCCUGGCGCAGUUCUUCGUAUCCCAGGACCGUGGCGAGUUGUCCUGUCAGCUGUACCAGAGGAGCGCUGACAUGGGUCUGGGCGUGCCAUUCAACAUCGCCUCUUACGCCCUGCUUACCCACAUGAUAGCCCAUGUGACAGGUCUGAAGCCUGGUGACUUUGUUCAUACCAUGGGCGACGCUCAUGUCUACCUAAAUCAUGUGGAUCCGCUGAAGGAGCAGCUGCAGCGCACUCCGCGUCCGUUUCCCAAGCUGGUGAUCAAGCGCAAGGUGCAGGACAUUGAGGACUUUCGGUUUGAGGACUUUGAGAUAGUCGAUUACAAUCCCUACCCAAAAAUCCAGAUGGAAAUGGCCGUUUAGAUUAUGAACUUGUCCUUUUUCAGUAUCAAGGAGGAAGUGAUUCUAUUAAAAAUAUUUAAAUUGCUUUUCCUAUGUUUAAAUUCCAAAUUUUAAUUUAAUUCGAAUAUUUUGAUUUGGUUUUUCAUUUAUAAAAUCGAAGAUUUCCAGAUGUAUUAUAUUAAGAAACAUAAAUUUAAGAUUUUGUCAGCCAUUGGUAAUAAAUGUAUACACAAUAAAAGAAUAA